AUGGCGGAGGUGGAGGAACCCGCUGGCGAGUAUGCUGGCGACUUCGCUGGCGAGUCUCGCAGCCUACGCGCGGGGGACUUCAUCGAGGCUUCGUGCUACGACGACCACGACGCUGACCAGGGCCAGGCCGCCUACCGCAUCCUGGCACUGUACGCGCCGAACGAGCACGGCCAGUUCGCGCGCGCGGAGUUCUUGUUUUGCACCGAUCGGUACCUGCAGUGGUAUGAGGAGAAUGUGGGCACCCCUGGAGCAAGGUUCAGGAUCGUGGACUCGAUCGGCGACGUGUUCCUGAGCUACCGCCGCCUCAACCCUGCGGCGCGUUGGCCUGCUGAACUUGGCCCGCAGCCGCUGGACGAGGAGGCGGGGCCCACGCUGGAGAAGCUGGACGACGACGAGUCCGAGAUCCACGAGUUCGGGCACUCUGCCACGGGCAUGGUUGCAUUAGACGCGCUCGCGGCUGCCCCUGAGGGGCGCGCGCCUGCCGCCGCCCCCGUUCGGCCUCGGCGCCCCUCCACGGGGGCGCGCGGUGAGCCGCCUGCGCGGGGCGGGAUGUCUGCCGCCGCGGCGCCUGUGCCCGAGGGGCCACCCGCCGCCAGCGUCCGCGCCGGGGGGGCCGCCGGCGGGGGGACCCCGCUGGAGGCCGCUGCUGCUGCCGCGGCGGGGGCGCCCGCUGCCCGCCGUCUCGACGCGGAGAUGCAGGACAUCCUCCGCGAGCGCCUGGCCGUCCUGAAGGGCCAUCUGGGUGCUGAGGCCGACGGAGGUGCUGGGCCUCGAGGCGCUGGAGCUGCUGGAGCCGCCCCGGAGAGGAAGUCCCUGGACGAGAUCCUCGCCGAGAGGGCGGCCAAGGCUCCUAAGCGAGGCGCUUCGGACGGGGGCGCGGCCGGCAGCGGCGACGGUGCGGCACCUGCUGCUCUUGGACGUGACGGUGGCGGGUCCGCAGCCCACCUGCUGCGCCCGCUGGUGGGGGCGCUGUCGCAGGGCGAGGGCCCCGAGGGCUUCGGCGUCGCCGACGGCCUGGAGUUCACGCCCGGGAGAACGGCCCGCGAUGCUCUUGGAAAGUUGCUGACAACACAUCUGGCCCACAUUAAGCAGUUCCUGAGCACACAAGGCAUCCAUGAGGAUGAGGAGGAGCUUCCUGCCAUAGUAAAUAAGUUCCUGCUGAAUAUCUUCCUCGUCUCUCAUCCUGUCUCAGCAAGUGGCGAGGACAUGUCCAGAGAGAUGCGCACAUUGUCCGAGGCCCUGGACCUUUUGAUCCAGGGGGGGCUCCUCGUGGCCAUGGACAUGCUGAUGCAGAGGUUCAGGGCCCGCCAGCUCUCCUGCGAGGACAAGCAUUGGCGGAGCGCGCGCUGGCUGGAGCUCAUUCCUCCCGACGCCGAUAUGGCUGCCAUCAAUAUCGAGGAGGAGGAGCUCUUGAGGAAUAUCGAGUAUGGCGAGUUGAAGCUCGCCGAGCUCGUGGGCGAGCUCAAGCCUGCGGGUGCGGAAAGGCUUUCAAAGACGUACAAGGACUUGAAGCUGCAGAACCCCAAGAAGGACAGCGAGACACAGGGCCAGUGCCGGCAGCGCCUGGCCCAGAUAAUGAGGGGCCCCACCUCCAAGAAGCCGGCGCCGCCAUCUCAGGGAGGCGCUCGCAAGGUCAUCUUGGAGGGCUCGGGCGCGCAGAACAAAGCUGCGAACCAGAAGGUGAGGGCCUGGAAGGCCAGGCUGGCAGCGGCCCUCGAGGAUGGCAUGACCCCGCUCACCUUCGCGCUGUGGCUGGUUGAGGAAUUGCCCACAUCCUGCGGUUGGACUGCUGGAGAGGCUGACGCCGCUUGCGCCGCCACUGUGACGGCCGAGUUGUGGACCUUUGUCCAGGUCAUGCUCACGAGCUACCAGUGCGCGGGCACGCGAUCUCGGCAGGGUACCCUUGCCCUGCUCAGCGAGAUCUCGACGAGGGCCUCCAGUGCCUGCGACAUCGACAGCGGCGCGCGCGCCCGACCACUUCGGCUCGGCGAGCUUAGGCCCGGCUUACCAGCUGCCGACGUUGCGGGGCGUCUUGGCCCGCGUGCUCACGUCAGCCCAGAGGUGCUCGCCUGGCCGGGCGAGCUGUCCCAGGCCCUGCUGCCGCGCGCCCAGUGGCCCACCGAGGUGCCGAAGGCGAGGCUCCUGGUUGACUCGCCUGCGGAGUGGGCCAAGAUCGUGGGCCACCUGUACUCGCUCGGGAUCGUGGAGGCGAUUGAGGAUGAGCACAUCUUCCGGGCGGGUGACACGCCCGUGCUCAACGGGGCCUUCGCAGUCGAGAAGAAAGGCACUCCAGAGGCAGGGGGGCAGAGGCAGUGCCGCUUCAUCAUGAACAUGGUACCGGCCAACAGUUAUCUGAGGAUCAUGACUCAGGACCUGUCGACGCUCACGGCUUCGACCUCUUGGGUCACUGUGGCGUUGGAGGGCCAGCGCGUGCUUCUCUGGUCGGGCGACGACCAGCAGGGGGCCUUCUUCGUCUGGAAGAUCCCUCGCCCUUGGCGGAGCUUCACCGCGCUGAAGGGCCGCGUUCUGGGUCGCCUUGUGGGGCGUCAUGAGCAGAAGACCGCGCGCGUCUGCUCAGCCGCCAUGCCGAUGGGCUGGCUGCUGGCCGUCACGCUUUUCCAACAUCUGCAUAGACGGCUGGGCCUGCGCCCCCCUCCUGCUGGGGCGGGCCUGCCUGAGGACGACGAGUGGAGGAGAGACAAUCCACUUCCCAUAACUCAGGUGGGCAUGUGCCGUUCCUGGCAUCAGUUCUUCAUUGAUGACUUCGAUGCCCCCAGGAUCGUCAUCGGCACGGAGGGUGAGAUCGGCGUCGGGUCGGUCUACCAGGAGCGGCAGAGGGCAUCUAACCAGCGGAACGGCGUGGUCUGGGCCGAGCGCAAGGCCCACCUCGGCGAGACCAAGCCGUUCGAGACUAUGCUCCCGGGGGCCCUGCUGGUAACCAAGGGCUGGGUCUACUGGAAGACCGUGCUCGUCCUCUUGGGCAAGCUGGUCAGGGCGCUGGAGUUCAGGCGCGUGCUCUUCUGCAUCCUCAACAAGGUCUGGAAGUUUGCGGACGGCGCUCACUCUGGCUGGGUCAAUUCUGAGAUGACCGAGGAGCUCCUCUGCGCCAUAGGUGCCUGCACGUCGCUGAGGCUCUGCCCCGAGGCUCUCGCGAAGCUGACGGCUGCUGCCACCUCGAGCCAGGAGGGCCGCCGGCACGUCAUGGCAGGCCGCCUGCUGCUGAGCGAGGCGCCCCUCUGGCGGGCCUGGGAGUCGAGGGGCCCGGGCCUGCCGCCGCUCGCUGGCGACGAAGUGCCUGCUGUUCUGGUCAUCGGACUCUUCGACGGGAUCGGGGGCAUGAUCGUAGCUCUCUCCAGGCUUCGUGCGAAGAUCAUAGGCUACGUCUUGUCGGAGGUGGAUCCCUGCGCGCGCAGGGUUGUCAGGAAGAGGUGGCCUGGCCUCAUCGACUGGGGGAACCUCCAGGACGUGGGGGCCGAGCAGAUUGACAAGCUGGCGCAGCUUUUCGGCGGCAUCGUCGACGCGGUCUACUGCGGAGCGGGCAGCCCCUGCAAAGACUUGUCGAGGCUGAUGUUCGGCAGAAGAGGGCUCGAGGGCAAGAAGGGGGUCGCAUCCAUGCCGCUGGAGGACAUCGAGCGCAUCUCUGUCGAGCUCCUGGUCACGCCCUACCAGUUCUGCAGCAGCAGCCUGGUCCCUAACAGGAGGCCGCGGCUGUGCUGGCUGUCGUGGAGCCUCCUGCCGUGUGAGGGCUACUGCUACCAGGACAAGGUUCACUUCAUCGAGGUCACCGCCGACGGCGCGGAGCGCGUGGAGCUGUCCUGGGCCACUCCUGGCUGGCUCUGGAAUGGCGGCGCGCUGCCAGUGCCGACCCUUGUCUGUGCUGGGCCCUCAUCGCUGCAGCCCACUCGACCUACUGGCAUUGCUCGGGCUAGUCCUGAGGCUAAGGCGCGCUGGAAAAAGGACGAUCAUCGUUAUCACGUCGGCCUUUGCGAGAGCGCCUGCCUUCUCCAGCGUGAGGCUACCAUGGAGCUCCGACCCCCGUCAGCUGAGGAAAGGGAGGUUCUUUUGGGAUUUGACCAGGGAUACACCGAGUGUGCUGUGAAGGGCGGAUCUGGUUCGAGCUCUGCGACCACGCGUUGUUUCUUGCUCGGGAAUAGCUUCUCGGUCUACGCCGUGUCAUGGCUGCUGCAGCACGCCCUGGUCGCUGAUGAGUACCAACCACGGCUGUGGAAACCCUCUGCCCUGUGCCAUGCGGGGAGAUGCAGGGCCCCUUGGAACGACAGCGCUGUGCACCACCAGAGCGACGACUACCAGUAUCAGCCCGAGGCGGAGCAGCUUGUAAGGCACCGCGCGUGGCCUCGCGUGUCGCUGGAGCCCGGCGUCUGGACGUGGAAGGUGAUCUCGAGCUACCGGUGGCGUGCUGGGAUCGGGAAGCACAUUAACGCCCUCGAGAUCCAGGCGGCUGUGAACACCGUCAAGUGGCGGCUGCGGUCGGGGCAGGGCGGCCCCAGGCGCACGCUACACCUCAUCGACAGCCAGGUCGCCGCCUCGGUGCUCACGAAGGGCCGCAGCAGCAGCAGGGUCUUGCGAGCGCACGUCAAACGAUGGGGGGCCCUGUGCUGGGCGACAGGCUGCUACGUCAUGCUUGGCUACAUCGCGUCGGAAGACAAUCCCGCCGACGCGCCGGCCCAGCUCCAGCAGUUGCGGACCUCCCAGAGGCUCUCGAAUCUCAGAGUCAGCGCGGUCACUCUCAAGAGGUACCGCAUCGCCGUCGCGGAGUUCCUCGCCUUCGCUAUCGAGGGUGGUUUCUCGCUAACUAGCUCUGAGGAGGCUGAUCGUGCACUGGGCGCCUAUGUCGAGGACCAGUGGGCGAAUGAGGGCACGCUCAGCCAGGGGCGCUACUCGCUGGUGAACACGUGGCAGAAGCUGGCGCCCGUCAGCCGCGCCUACCUGGCGAGCCCUGAGAUGGCGCUCGGGCUUGCAGGCGCUGCGCUGGCGGUUGGCCAGCCCCUGCUGGCAGCCCUGGUCCUCGCCACGUUUGAUGCGAUGCUUCGGACCAAAGAGCUGCGGGAUCUCACGUAUGAUGUCAUCUUGCGGCUCUCCGAGACGAAGAUGGGCGCCAGGACCGGCAAGGUGCAGUUCGUCGUG